AUGGCUACGUCUGAUGGCAAUGUUACCUGGUUAUUUUCUGCUUUAUUCCGUAGUUCUUGCCCUAUUCGCGUUCGUUACUAUCCUUUUGAUGAUCAGGCAGGUUAUUCGGUAUGCGAUUUGAAGUUCGCAUCUUGGUCGCACGAUUUAUUCGAGAUUGAUCUUGGUCUCAACACAGACAAGGGCGACCUAAGCAGUUACAUGAAUAACAGCGAAUUUGAUCUUAUCGAUAUGAUAGCCAUAAGAGAGGUUGCGAACUUCCCAUCCAAUUCUCUUUUCAAAUGGCCUACAAUCAUUAUAAAAAUAAAAAUGCAUCGGAGGCCGUUGUUCUACGUAUUCAACCACAAGGAAGGUAUUGUGAGAGCUGAAGGAACGCUAUUGUCACCAUUCGCUCGUAUUGCGCGCAAGAGUAUUAAAGAGAAAGAAGAGCGUAAAGGCUAUUCAUAUCCUCACUUCGGUGUUAUUAUUCCUUGCCUGCUUAUCUCUUCCAUGGCUGUGCUUGGAUUCCUAAUGCCUCCAGAAACUGGGGAAAAGAUCAAUAUGAUUAUUACAACAUUGCUAAGUAUGGGAGUAUAUCUUCAGUCAAUCACGGAGUCAAUACCGCCUACGUCGGAAGCAGUUCCAUUGAUAGGCAUAUAUUACGUUUCUUCGUUGCUGAUGGUUUGCCUAGCAACUUGUGUGAAUGUUAUUACCCUCAAUAUGCAUCGGAAUGGAGCUGCUAAUCAAGGAAGGCAUGUUCCUUGUUGGAUGGAGAAGUGGAUCCUGGGCUACUUGGCAUCGUUAAUGCGGAUGUCCAUACGUGAGCCUGACAACAUAGCUUUGCUGAAAACAGCGCAAGUUAGUUUUUUUGAAAACGAAUUUGACUCAACAGUGAGAGCUGUGUAUGUUGCUACACCCCUUAAUCUUUGA